CGAACCGCUUUGCUUCCCAGCAGGAUCGAGCGGAAGGCGGGCGGCCAGGCGGCAGGCGCGCAGACGCAGGGGUGAGGGCACGGGCGGCAGCGCCUGGACGGACGCCGUGGAUCUCGUCGGCGACGUUGGGCUGGUGGCGAUAUGGAAAAAGGAGCGGUCGACCAGUACGGGAUUCUUGAGAUUCGAGGGCCUCUUAUGGUCGGCGGGGUGCAAUUCCUUAUCCCAGCAACUGGCCUGUUCCGUGACCAUUAUGUGCGCCGGCUGCUCUCCUCCAAGCAGCGAUUUCAAGCCUUUUUGCAAUUUCAAGAGCAAACUUUCAAAAUCUUUGCCAUUGAACUGGUUUCUGCGUCCAAAUAUCCUCUUGAUUUGGUUCUCUUCACCCAUGAGGAUGGCCAGAGAUUUCGAAACGAUUACUGGUUUCAUUACAUAGUGUUCCGUGACAAAAGUCAUCUUUUCAUUCUGGAUGAUCAAAGUAAAGAAAGUGGGGUUGACAACAACUCAAUUACUUCUGUAACCGCUGGUGAUCAAAGUGAUCGGAUCGAUGAUUACAAGAAUGAUAAAGAAUCACGUUUGCAGGAUUUGCAUUAUGAUCUGAGAUAUUUUGCAUACCGGAAAGGUCUUCUGAAGCUCGAUAUUAGUCAGUUCAACAAUGAUCCUAAGAAGGCUGUACAAUGGCUUAAAUCUUCAACUGGAUGGUCUGAGCUGUCAAAUGAGGAGCUAAGACGUGGUUUAAAGAGCUACAUGGACUUUCUGAAGGAACAGGAAAUGAGUACAGUGAACCAGCAGUCCGUAUCUGAGUCUAAAAAUGUAGCUUUGGAGACGAUCAAUGCGGAGCUGGCUUCUGCACUGGAGAAAACGCUAUAUACCUCUGACUGGGCGGCGCUCAUGAGUCACUACUACAACCGCAUGAAAGUACGGAAUCUUGCAAGAGUAUGUUCUAUACAAGCACAAGAGACCGGAGUUAUUCUUGUUGAGCAGGCUCUACCUUUAAGAGAAAUUUGUAAGGAACAGACUGUAUCCACAAGUCCAGAGGUUUUGAAGUUCCCUUUCAUGAAACAAAAUGUGAAGCAGUUGCUCGAGGGUUGCGUGGCCCCCCUGCGUUGGAUGCAUGAGGAAUUUGGAAGGGGUGCUAAGAAAUAUGGAAGGGGUGCAAGAAGUUUGGCGCUUUUGGCGUUCAUUCCUUUUGCAACGGUUGCAACGGCUGGUGGGAUGCUCAAUAAGCGCUAGGGAUGAAGACUGGGAACUGAAGUUACAAUUAAAUUAUACUAGAAAAAUUGCACGCUGAAAGGCUUUGACCCGUGAGUAAUAAAAGAUAAUCUCUUUAAUUAACAU